AUGGCGCCGUCGUUUAGCUGGCCAAGCUCGGGCAUCCUGCCGGCCGGCUUAAUUGCAAGCGAUUUGUUCGCGCAUUGGCUGGGCAUAUCUGCUGGAGAUGCGCCGCAGGAUGGGGGUGAAGCCAGUUCAGUCCAUGGUCAAGACGAGGUGGACGGCGGCCAAGCGGGUGAUGCAGAGGUGGUUGUCGCUGUUGAGGUGGGUAGAGAGGUUGCCGUCCCGUUAGCUUUGGAGGUGGAAGUCGUCGGCGAGGUGGAUCUUGCAUGCAUGUCGGUGUGGCUGAUCACAAAUAAUAAUGCUUACUGGUCCCCCGCGAUGGAUUGGCUGGGGUACAUUCUAACUGUACAUUCUAACUGUCACCAGGAGUACACAAUAGGAGGCUACAAUCUUCUCGUACAGUUAUUCUGCCUGGAGUGGGUUGAUUUCAAGGGGGCCAACAUUAACACAGACCUGGUGCCGAAGAUUGCUUCUUAUUCGUCGGAGAAGAUGGACGAGCUGAUCACUUUGUUUGAGGAGGACAGAGAAAGACCGCCGGAAACACGGAGAUAUAAGGCCAAACCUGAAGGGAGCAUGCUUGGACUAGCAAUGAGGUGGCACCCUCUGAUGGUGCCGAGGAUAGAGGUAGUACCAUGGGGAGGCAGUGUAGAGGUUACGGAGGGCAUGCAAAUCAUCAUGUUCGUGCUGGAGGAUCAUGUGAAGCCAAUGCUGGUAGAUGCUGUAGUAACAGUUGCGGCGGAGACUAGUGAGGAAAACCGAAGCUCGGUGGUUGAGGAGUUGAUGAGGCAAGCAGAUGAGAAAAUGAGAAGGCUACAAUUCUGCUUUGGGAGAAAGUUGUAUCCCGGUGCUGUGAGCACGGCUCCAAUGAUCCGACCGAUUUCAUGUAUGUGAUCCAGUAUACAAAAAAAUAUAUUCGGAAAUGGCAAAAAAAAAAAA